AUGAAGUUGUUGCUUUUGCCACUUUUGAUGGCCGUUUUUGCCACAUGUCAAGUUUAUGGCGAGGAGAGCGACCCCAGGGAAGACGCAGACUUCUGGACGAGCAGUAACCAGAUACAGGACGUCUGGAACCCUUAUCCCAUCAGAGAAUUCCUUAUGAGGAUGACCAGAAAGCCUCGGCCGCACCAGUUCAUAGGGUUGAUGGGGAAACGAGCUCUGGCGGCGAACGCACAGAUCACCCACAAAAGACAUAAAAUCAACUCUUUUGUCGGCCUCAUGGGGAAGCGAAGCGAAGAGGAACCAGAUUCUUAUGAAUGGAGCACAAUACAAAACUACGACAACCGCCGCUAA